AUUCAAUUGUUAACUUCCUCUGCUACUUGGUUCUGUACCAAUCUGAUCAAAACUUAAAAUAUUUCUCAACCUUUCAUCUUAACACAAAUGGGGUUUAGAUUGCUAUCUUUGGUUCCUCAUGCCAAGCAAAUCUUGAAGAUGCAGUCAGGGUUUACCAAAAACCAACUGAAUGUUCCAAAAGGCCAUGUUGCCGUUUAUGUGGGAGAGAUUCAAAGGAAGCGCUUUGUGGUUCCGAUAUCUUACUUAAACGAUCCAUCGUUCCAGCAACUGCUCAGCCAUGCAGAGGAAGAGUUUGGCUUUCAUCAUCCUCAUGGGGGUCUAACUAUUCCUUGCAAAGAAGAUGCCUUUGUUGAUCUCACUUCUAGAUUGCAAGUAGCUUGAAGGAUGAAGAGUAAAGAGCAAUCUGUCAUUUAUGACAGUUUUUGUCUGUUCUUUUUCUCCAUUCACUUGCUUUUUGACUUGCAGGAGAUUGUAUAAAUUAGAGUGCCUUCUUACUUGUAUAUGAGCAUCAUUGUAAAGGAAAAUUACUUACAGAAAUUGUGAUAAUUAAUACAGAAACAAUUCAGCAUCAA